AGGAAAUACGUCAAGCUAUAUAGUAUAAACAGAUAAGAGAGAAACGAUCAUAUAAAUCGAAAAGCACACACUAAAGAUCGUCAUUUGGUUAUUGUUUAGUGUAUUUAAAACGUUGAAAACGUUGUGUCUUAUUCUUUUCUACCAUUUUUGAAUUUGAAGUUGCACGGAUACAAACAUGAAAUACGUUUAUGCAGUUGUGCAAGUAUUGACUUUGAUUUGGUUGGUCGCCUUGGCAUUCCCGCAAAGAGACCCGUCGAACGGGAUUGACACUGAUUCUAUAAUAUUUAUGAACGAUGAGACGAGCAUCACAACGAGCACCACACCGAGCACCACGCAAGGGACAACUAAUUGUCCAUGUGUCGCAACCGCAGAAUACAACCCGGUAUGUGGCAGCGACAACGUCACAUAUUGGAACAUGGGAAGAUUUAAUUGUGCGAAAAGUUGCAAUCCACGACUUACGAUAAGGAUAAUCAGAGCUUGCGAACCGUACAUUCAACAGAGUAGUAAUUAAAUAGCAUUUGAUUUGCCAUUGCUUAGAUUGACAAAUGUGACAGAACGACAUAUAGACGCUUGCACGUGUUUAUUAGUGGGAAUUCCUGAGAUGCAAUUAAUUAUUGAUCAUUGACAUGCCGCAAAUUCCAUACCUUAUGUCCUUAUUCGAUGUAUUACAUUAUAUUUAAACAUAUGCAUUUUCAGUUUGUUACUAUCAUUAUUUUAUAUAAAAACUGCUUAUUGUAUAUAUAUAUUUUACGGCAUAAUUAAAUUAUUUUAAGUCAUAUACGUUAAGUUAUGUUUCAAUACUAAAAAAGAAAAAAUUAAAAUACUCAUAAUGUGUAUAUAAUUAUUACAUUCGGAUGUCAAUUCAUUAUAGCUAUCUAUAUAUCUUUAUUCUUUAUAUCAAGAUACCUCUGCUGUAACUUUAAAUAACAUUUAAUUUUAAAAUGCUGCGAGAUAAAUCAUAUUAUAUCUGUCGAGCAAUGCGAUUGAGGUGAUAAUUUGGAGGCUGGUAGGAUUAAUAUUCCUGUGCGAUUUAUAAAAACAAGUCUGAGAAAUGAACGCUUGCUCAUUGGAACGCAACAAUUUGAAUAAAUCAUGGAACAGAUUUC